AUGGAGACAGCUGGUAUGGCCCACUGGCGCGAUCUCUUCUAUGAGGUGAGCGAUGGCCUCAGACUUUACGCGAGGGAUUAUCCGGGUCCAAGUCCCGAUGCUCCGGUUGCAUUACUCAUGCAUGGCCUGACCCGUAACAGUGCCGAUUUUGAGGCCCUUGCUCCGGUUCUUGCCAAGACCCACCGGGUGCUUGUGGUGGAUCAGCGUGGUCGUGGGCGUUCCGAUCGUGAUCCUGAUGCUAGCCGGUACCAUCUGGCCAGCUAUGUGGGAGAUAUGUUUGAACUUCUCGCUCAGCAGGCUAUCACCCAGGUUGCUGUGGUCGGCACAUCGAUGGGUGGUCUCAUGGCCAUGGUGAUGAACGUCAAGAGUCCCAACAUCUUCAGCCAUGUUGUCAUCAACGACAUUGGCCCAGUGGUGGCGCCCGCGGGGCUUGCCCGCAUCAAGAGCUAUGUGGGUACCGGUUCUCGGUUCUCAACUUGGGAGGAGGCUGCAGCUCACAUCAAAGUCCUCAACGAAGCUGCGUUUCCAGCCUACACCCCUGAAGCCUGGAUGGCGUUUGCAAGGCGGACGUGUGUUGAAGAGGGGGAUGCAGUGGUACUCAACUAUGACUUGGCCAUCGCUGAGGCCAUGAAGCAGCGGGAAGAGGCUGCGGUGCCCCAGGAUCUUUGGCCGGCUUUUGAGGCAUUGAAGCCGAAACGCACGAUGCUGGUACGUGGGGGCAUAUCAGACUUGCUCGAUGUGCCCACUGCAGUGGAGAUGCGGCGGCGCCACCCGGAGAUGGCGUUCCUUGAGGUACCUAACAUCGGUCACGCGCCCAUGCUUGAUGAGCCGGGCGUCGCGGAGCGCAUCGCUGACUUCAUCAACGAUCGCUCAUCCAGACUCUCUCAGCUGUAG